AUGAGACUACCCAUCAUGGUUACCCUGUGGGCGGUGACAGUGUUGGCGGGACCAUACUGCAGGUAUGGUUGUCUCCUCACCAACAUCUCCAUCACCGUGGAGAACGAGGAGUGUGGCAGUUGCAUCACCAUUGACACCACGUCCUGUGCAGGCCUGUGCCACACCCAGGAAAGAGCAUACCAGAGCCCCAUAGCGCCGACCAUCCAGAACACCUGUAACUUCAGGGACUGGACAUAUGAGACUAUUCAGCUCCCUGGCUGCCCGGCUGGGGUGGACUCGCUCUUCACCUACCCUGUGGUUCAAAGCUGUGAGUGCAGCCGUUGCAAUACCGACAGCACAGACUGUGGAACAUCCAGCAUGCAAACAGUGGCCUGCCACGCCAAGUAG